AUGGAUGUUGAUAACAAUGGGUGGACUAAUGCUGGAAUAAUACAGAAUGGCCUCCUAAAGCCGCUUGAAACUGAACGCUGUACAUUGAAUUCCGCUCACCUUAUUGGUAUUGCUGAGAAAUACAGGCAAAAUUACGAUUGUCCCUCCCGUAAUGACCAGGAAGCCAUUACCCUGUACCCCGAUGCCGGGAGUAAAUACGCUAAACCCACUCAUACUCCUGAUGGACUGAUUGGAAGACUAAGGAAUGGCCCUAAACACUCUACUAACAUUCCAAUACAAAGGAAUUAUCCACAGUUUAUGUCUACUGGCGUCAUAAGGACGGGGAAGAAACAGGCCACCCCUAGUUUGUCUACCUUUGGCACCAAACUCACCUUUUAUCCCAGAGAGGGACGACACAAAUUCUUCCUCUACAAUAACACACCGUCUUCCAUAGAAUAUGCCAUAAAUGGCACUGAAAAGGGGAUGGAUGGGCUGUACACAGACCCCACUGGUACUGCCGUUGGAUUCGCCCUUUCUACAAGGCGUACGUGUACUUGGGUGUUCUCUUGUGUGUGUUGA